AUGAACGACACACAGCUAUGCUCGAAUUGCUGGCUCGGUGGUCUAGCCUUGCAACUGGGAAACGCCCUUGGUUACGACGCUGGCCUCGAAGACAAAUACACGUCAUUGACAUCCAGUUGUAAUGCCACGGGCUAUAGCUAUACGUCUCCCACUGCCUAUGCGCUCAAUACCACAGCGACCACACCCUCGGCGACAGUGACAGCAACCCCUGCGCCGACAUGCACUGGUUCCUAUGUCGUGCAAUCCACUGAUGACUGUAACUCAGUGGCGAAGGCCCUGAACGUGUCAACAUAUAGCUUAUUAUCGGACAAUAACCUGGAUAUAUAUUGCCAGAACUUUGCUACUAUGGUGAACAGUAGUCUUUGCAUUCCGCCACAGUGCGAGACAUAUACCUGGCAAGCACUGGAUACAUGCAAUACUGUGGUCAGUGACCUGCUUAAUGUGACUCUGGCGCAAUUUCUUGCUUGGAAUCCCAAUUUCAACUCUCUCUGUCAGAAUGGUGUGAAUUUUAUCGGCCCACCUGGAGGAUACCUGAACCACACCUCAGAUGGCGACGGCAGUAUGCCAACGACCAGUGUUACUACUCCUGUGCCCGUCCCAACCAAUGCAAUGACUGGGUCCAACACGGAUUGUGGCAGUUGGUAUACGGUUGCUGAAAAUGACACCUGUGCUUUGGUGUCGAUGGCAAACUCUAUCUCCCUCACGGAUUUCUACUUCCUGAACCCGGAGAUUGACGCAAAGUGUACCAACCUGGAACUUGGCGAAGCUUAUUGUGUCGCACCAGUCGGAGCCAUCACGACUUACUCUGGUUACACGGUCACCGGGGGUUGGGCGACGAUCACCGUCCCUACAGCCUCUUUUCCCUCUGUCAAUACUGCAAUCCCAACGAGCACCGGAGAUCCUGGCUACCUUUAUGUUCCUGUAUAUCUGCCAACUGCCCCUGGCACCAUUGAGGGCUGCGAUAAGUACCAAAACUACAGUGAUUACGGCGAUCUCAGUAGUUGCACUUGGGUCGCAGAAAUUUCAGAGUUGACCACUGAUCAACUGCUGGAGUGGAAUCCGAGCCUUUCGUCUAAUCUCACGACCUGUGCGCUACAACCGGGAUACAGCUACUGCGUGCAGCGGUAUGCGAAUCAGACAUCACCAGGGGACGCCGACCCCAGCUCGAACUGCCUGUCUGUCAAUACUAUCGAGCCCGGGACAGUAUCCAACUGCAAUUGCUUCACCCAGGUCGAUGGGUGGUUGAAUGGUGAUUACGGAUGUGAUCAGAUUGUAGAAGAUUUUAGUCUGACAUUAACCCAACUCACCACGUGGAAUCCAUGGUUGGCGGGCGGCUGUGACACGGCGCUCUAUGCAAAUCUCACAGGAAAUGAUGAACGCGCAGUAUGCAUCGGCGUAGGCAACACGACGAUCACCACCACGACAACACCAACAACAAUUACACCGACCACCACUACAUCGUCCAUGGGACCAACCCGGACAGGCACUGUGGCGGGCUGUCAGCAGUUCUACACUAUCCAGUCGGGAGAUAGCUGUUCCUCGGUUGAAACCGAAUUCGGAAUUACCUUUGCCCAACUGUACGAGUGGAAUCCGUCAAUUGGAAGUAACUGUGAGACUCUCUGGCUGGGCAGCGCAUACUGCGUGAAGGGGCCGGCCUCAUCAUCUACAUCUACCACAACCACCUCCAGUGGGCCAUCCAGUCCCACCCAGACGGGGGUGGCAUCGAACUGCAACGCCUGGUAUACUGUUCCCGACGGCGGCUCAUGCGCUGCAAUUGAGACGCAGUACGGGAUCACGUUUGCGCAGCUGUAUCAAUGGAAUCCUGCUAUUGGCUCUAAUUGUCAGUAUUUGUUGAUCGGAUAUGCUGUUUGUGUUGGUGUCUCCUCGUAA